UUUUUUUUUUUUUCCUUUUUUCCCUUUUUAACCCAUCUCCACAUGUUGAAGUCAGGAUCAACCCGUAUUCACGUUGAUGUCAAAACCCAACAAUUCCCCGUGAUAUUCUCCUAUCACCAACUCAAGAAGAGAGGACAAAAGAGUCAAACAACCAGUAACGGAUUGCCAAUACCAGAACUUACCAAUGAAGACGAUUUUUUUAAGGAAUUAUUGAAAAAGGCAGAAAAAUACAAUUUAGAGGAUGAGGCAGAUGCAGAAGAAGAAAAAGAAGAAGGAAAAGAUAAAGAUAAAGCCACAAAUGAAGAUGACGAUGACGAAGGAUCGGACGACGGAAGCACAGGAGAUAAUCAAAGAGGAAAUGAAUAUGAUUAUGAAGAUCCUUUUAUUGACGAUAGUGAAAUGUUGUUGGAUGACGAUUAUAACUACGAUAUCCCAGAAAUAGAUGGAUUUUUUGUGUAUUCAGGUCCUUUGGACUCUAAUGAAAAUUCUGAAGAUAAAAAGGCAGGAGCAGCAAGUAAUAGCCAGAGCAGUCAUAGCAAUAAGCGUCGGUCAGCAGCUAAAACAAAGAAUACAACAACAACAGCAACCAAAACAAGCAAGCCACGUAAAAAGGAAGAUACAACAAAUACACCCUCACAAAAGACUAAAAGUAAAAAAGCAGUGGUACCGACUCCUGCCACAACAAGCACUUCUACAGUCAACCAAGAAACAACCGCUAAAGCGCCUGUACCUAGCACCAGCAGUAAUAAUAAUACUAAUGUCAAAAAGAUAUCAAAACCACCAGCGCCACCAACGCCAGUACCCUCUUUAUCAUCCCCAGCCUCUGCCCCCGCAGCAACCACUCUACCAUCAGCGCCUAUGCCAAGUACCGGUAAUGCAAUACCCUCGGAAUCUAACAAAAGACAGCUGAAUCUACCUUCUGAACCAUCAAAGAAAAAGAAAACAGAGACUGGUGAUAGCAAACGUCCGAUUGUUGUUCAAGACGAGGACAAGAAGAAAAAGGGUACAGAGGUUCCCCCUCUGCUACCACUUGAUAGCGAGCUUGAAGCAGUCAUAAAUAGAAUCCGUGAAGGAGCAUCCAAAGAGUCGUUUGAGAAUAAGGCCAAGUUCCCUGAAUCGCUUAAACCAGCUGUGCUCGAAGCUGGUCUGAUUAGUUUCCGAAGAAAUCCUAUCCUGGACGUAAACCUUAUCCACCAUUUGAUGACAUGCUUGCCUUAUAAUCGAUUUACACUAAGG